CAACUGCUUGGAAUGUUCCCAGGUUUUUGGAUUUGGCCAUGGUCCAAAAUCCACGUAAAGGCCCAAAUAUUGUACUGUAAUUAGGGCUUGUCUUAUUUCUGAGAGGGUUUCUGGUCGCCUCGCCUCGCCAGUGGAUCGAGGCGCCGUGGCGCUGCCAUCGAAUUCUCGCCUCGCCCGCGAGCUAUGGAGCUGGAUCAGUGAUUGACGAUGAGGAGGAGCUGGAAUCGCAGCGCCGGAAGUCGCCAUUGCAAAGGAGCGCAGGAUGCUAGACUUGUGGUGGCUGCUUGGGGGACGAGCUCGCUCUCCAGCUGAGGACGAGAACGACAACGAUGUCGGACGUGUCAGCUUUGCUCCAGGCGUCCGUGUUGCGAAAUCUCUCGGACAAGCUCUACGAGAAGCGAAAGAUCGCUGCUCUUGAGGUGGAAGGGGUCCUGAAAUCUCUAGUUAGUUCCGGCGACCAUGAGAAGAUAUCCUCCGUCAUAUCGAUAUUAAUCAAUGACUAUGCUCUAUCGCCACAAGCCAAUCACCGAAAGGGGGGGCUGAUUGGAUUGGCGGCUGCUACUGUUGGCUUGGCCUCCGAGUCUGCCCAGUAUCUUGAUAGAAUUGUUCCGCCUGUUUUGAUUUCUUUCACGGAUCAAGACAGUCGGGUGCGAUAUUACGCAUGUGAGGCACUUUACAACAUAGCAAAGGUGUCGAGAGGUGACUUAAUUGUUUUCUUCAACAAAAUAUUCGAUGCCCUUUGCAAGCUCUCGGCGGAUUCAGAUCCUAAUGUUCAAAGUGCAGCUCAUCUUCUGGAUCGUCUUGUCAAGGAUAUUGUGACGGAAAGUGAUCAAUUCAGCAUUGAAGAAUUUAUUCCGCUAUUGAGGGAGCGAAUGAACGUGCUCAAUCCGUUUGUCCGACAAUUUCUCGUGGGAUGGAUCACUGUAUUGGACAGCGUCCCGGACAUUGAUAUGCUGGAGUUCUUGCCAGACUUUCUCGACGGUCUGUUCAACAUGCUUAGCGACAACAGUCACGAGAUCAGGCAGCAAGCCGACUCUGCAUUGUCCGAGUUUUUGCAAGAAAUUAAGAAUGCUCCUUCCGUGGAUUACGUUCGCAUGGCUGCGAUACUUGUACAAAGAGCUAGAUCACCUGAUGAGUUCACUCGUCUAACAUCCAUAACAUGGAUGAGCGAAUUUGUGAAACUUGGAGGGGAUCAGCUUGUGACAUUCUAUGCGGAGAUUUUGGGUGCCAUUCUACCAGCAAUCUCUGACAAGGAAGAAAAAAUCAGAGCAGUUGCUCGUGAAACAAACGAAGAGCUUCGAGCCAUUCGUGCUGAACCAGUUGAAGUGAUAGACAUUGGAUCAGUUCUGAAUGCAGCUAGACGGGAGUUGGGAAGCGAGUUUGAAGCCACAAGAUUGGAAGCCUUGCGGUGGAUGCUUGUUCUUCUUGAGAGACAUAGAACAGAGGUUCUAUCGUUUCUUGACGAAAUAUUUCCUGCAUUGCUUCAGUCUUUGUCGGACGAAUCUGAUGAUGUUGUGUUGCUGGUUCUGGAGGUUCAAGCUUGUAUAGCACGGGAUACACAACAAUUUCGGCGUUUGAUGGUCUUUCUUGUACAUAAAUUUCAAAUGGACAAUCUUCUGCUUGAAAGGAGAGGAACCUUAGCGUUGCGACGUCUCUGCGUCCUUCUUGACGCCGAGACUGUAUACAGAGAGUUGGCAACUAUCCUGGAAGGCGAGGCGGACUUAGAAUUUGCAACCGUUAUGGUCCAGGCACUUAAUUUAAUUCUCCUCACGGCUUCAGAACUUGCCGAUUUAAGGGCACUGCUAAAGGAGUCGUUGACAAAUUCGCAAGGAAAAGAUCUUUUUGUUGCUCUGUAUUCAUCGUGGUGUCACUCGCCGAUGGCUACUGUUAGCUUGUGCUUACUUGCUCAGGCUUACCACCAUGCAAGCGCAGUUAUCCAAUCUCUCGGGGAGUCGGACAUCAACGUCAAGUUUCUAGUUCAGGUGGAUAAGCUGGUACGGCUUUUGGAAACUCCAAUCUUCGGUUACUUGAGGUUGCAGUUGCUAGAACCAGCGCGCUAUCCCUCGUUGCUGAAGACGCUCUACGGGCUGCUCAUGCUACUCCCUCAGCAAAGCUCUGCAUUCAAGAUAUUGCGAACGAGACUGAAGACCAUCCCGGCGUACGCUCCCAUGCACAUCCAAGCAACACCGGCGGCCGAGCUUGCUGGACUGAAUGCAGGGCGUAGAUCCGUAUCGGCAGUACCGUACCUGGCUCACUAUCCAACUGGAGACGACGGGGACAAGGUGUCCGACUUCAACAGCGGGCCCGGUGGAAUCAACUUCACGAUGAGGUUGCAGCAAUUUGAGCUGAUGCAACACCAGCACAGGCUCCACCGCCAAGCAGUGCAGUCGCAGCUCUCCAAGCCACCAAAGAAGCCUGCGUCUCAGGGCGAUGAUGCGCGAGGAAAAUCUUCCAAGCUUGGGCUUUCUCCGUCCAACUGGAGAUCUUCCUAAGGUUAUUUUCUUUGUGUCUGUCUGUUUAUAGAGAUGCUACAUAGCCAUUCACAUUCUUGCAGAAUCUGUGUAUAGAGAGUUUUCAUACUUUUCUAUUGAUAAAGUUCUUUCUCGCACUUA